AUGUCACCUUCGAAGACCCAUAUCUUCCUCAUCGGCGCGACAGGCUACAUUGGCGGCUCGGUCCUCACACGCCUUCAGAGCCACGCCAGCGCGAACACCUUCGACAUUACGGCGCUCGUACGAUCUGCGGAGAAGGCAAAGGUGCUCCAGGAGAAAUUUGGCGUCAAGACCGUUGUAGGCUCUAAUGAGGAUCUCGACAAGCUCGAGGCACUCUCUGAACAAUCGCACGUCGUCUUCUCCUGCGCAGAUGCAGACAACCUGCCUGCCAUCGAGGCGAUCCUGCGCGGCUUGAGGAAGCGGCACGCGUCGAUUGGGGACCUGCCCAUUCUGAUUCACACUUCGGGCACAGGCGAGAUUGCCACGCCGGCCAAGGGUAUGUUCGCCUCGGACACCAUCUACUCUGACACCGACGUCGAACAGAUCAAGUCUAUACCCCCCACCGCGCUGCACAGGGACGUGGACCUUGCUAUCGUGGCUGCGGACGAGCAAGGUUACGCACGGACUCACAUCAUCCUGCCGUCGACGAUCUACGGCCAGGCGAAGGGCCCCCUAUUUGACGCAGGUGUCUCGAACCCAUUCUCAAUCCAGAUUCCUAACCUCAUCCGCGCGUCGAUCGGCCGCAAGCAGGGCGGCGUCGUCGGCCAGGGCAAGGCGAUCUGGCCGGAUGUCCACAUCGACGAUGUGUCGGACCUGUACAUCGUUCUCUUCGACGCGAUCACGACGAACCCGGAGGGAGUUGGGCAUGGCUUUGAGGGCUUCUACUUUGGGGAGAACGGCGAGCACACGUGGUACGACAUCAGCAAGGCAAUCUCGAAGGCGCUGGUCGAGCUCGGUGUCGGCGGCACGGAUGAGCCGACAAGCUUCACGGAUGAGGAGCUCGCGAAGUACUGGGGCUCGGUGGAUGCGGGAAACUAUAGCGGUACGAACUCGCGUUGCAGGGCUAAUCGCAGCCGGUCGAUUGGCUGGAAGCCGAAGUACACGACGGCGGAUAUGCUUGUGAGCAUCAAGCCUGAGGUUGCGCUGUUGUGGGAAAAAGCCCAGAAGGAGGGUGGUGUGCAGCUAUCUACUUCGCGAUUACACUUCAAGAAGUUCGAUGGCAGCAGCAUGGAACCUACCACCAAGUCUUCGAAGUGA